CGCUAGCUUAACGGCCGACAACUGCGACUGCACACUGCACCAUGGUACAGCUACUCUGCAGUCAGAAGCUGGUCUCGCCGUCGUGAUUGAUCCGCGAGACGCCGCCAUGGAUUGGCUCGCCCAGCUCCCCCGUCUCGAGAAGCGGGUGCUCGGCAUCAACGAGAGCGAUGACCCAAGGGUCGGAUCCGGACGGAACGACAGCGACGGGGGCGGCACCCUCGUCCACUUCAACCCGAAACCAAAGGAAGAUGAAGCGGCAUCGCUGCAAUCGUUGGGCAGCACUUUCUACCCGGUCCUCAUCUACUCGGCCAUCUGCUUCCUCAUUUUUCUGUGGUUCCGCCGGAAAUGUCGCCGUGUCUACGCUCCCAGGACGAUACCGUCCCUCCGGAACCCUGAACAUUCGAGCCCGGAGUUGCCUGGCGGCUGGUUCGACUGGAUAAAGCCCUUCUUCACCAUCACGGAUGACUACAUCCUCAACAACUGCUCGCUCGACGGCUUCUUCUUUCUCCGCUUCCUCAGGGUCCUGUCUAUCAUCUGCCUUGCCGGCGCCUGCAUCGCCUGGCCCAUCCUGCUGCCCGUCAACGGGACCGGCAACAACGGAAUGCAGGCCCUCGACACUCUAACCAUAGGAAACAUCAAGCUAGUCAACAAGCUCUACGCCCAUGUCGCUGUGGCAUGGUGUUUCUUUGGCUUCAUUCUGUUCAUGAUUUGCCGGGAAUCCAUCUACUAUGUCAACCUGCGCCAGGCCUACUUGCUUUCACCAAACUACUCCAAACGGCUCUCCUCAAGGACCGUCUUAUUCACGUGCAUUCCAAAAUCGUACCUCGUCGAGGCAAAGCUGCGGAAACUGUUCGGUGACUCGGCAAAGAACAUCUGGAUCGUCAAGGACACGAGCGCCCUGCGAGCCCUGGUCGAGGACCGCGAGGAGAUUGCAGACCGCCUUCAACAAGCUGAGGUCAGACUGAUCAGACUAGCAAACGCCGCACGCCAAAAGCAUCUCAGAAAGCAUCCGGCAUCUUCCACUUUGAAUACCCACCUCAACCAGGCCGGGACCUCCACGCCCGACGACCCGUUGCAGAACGAUGCAGAAAAAGGUCAGGUCAUUGACAACACCAUCCAGUUCGCCGUGCGCCAGCUGUCCGUCCUGGAUAGUCCGGCGCCGGACAAGCCAGCAGAUCCGGAAUACACGCACCCGUACGGCCUCGAUCCCUCCCUGCCGGAUGUUCGAGGCUCGGUGGCGGCCAUGUGGAUUCCAGUCCAGGCACGGCCCUACCACCGCCCGCUCACAAACUUUGGCCGCCGAGUUGACACAAUCAGAUGGACGAGGGCAAGGCUGAAGGUGCUAAACCAAGAGAUCUGGAAGCUCCGGCGGAAGUAUCGCGGUGGAGACGGCUCGUCUCUCAGCGCGGCUUUUAUUGAAUUCGACUCGCAGGCCAGCGCACAGGCGGCAUUCCAGAUCCUGGCACACCAUCAACCCCUGCACAUGUCACCUCGCCAUAUCGGUCUCCAGCCCGACGAGAUCAUAUGGAGUGCGCUGCGUAUCCGCUGGUGGGAGGCGAUCAUGCGCCGCUUCUUCAUGAUGGGCGUCAUCGCCGCGGCCAUCAUCUUCUGGUCCAUCCCGUCUGCUUUCCUCGGCAUGGUAACCAACAUUGAGUCGCUGAGCGAGAUGGUCCCCUUCCUGAGCUGGAUUCUCUUGCUUCCUGGGCCCAUCUUGGGCGUCAUCAAAGGCUUGCUGCCGGCCCUCGUCCUGUCGUGGUUGAUGGCCGCGGUGCCGUGGAUGCUCAGGUGCUGCGCCAGGGUUGCUGGCGUCCCUUCACACGCGUUGGUCGAGCUGUAUGUCCAACAAGCGUACUUCUUCUUCCAGGUUGUGCAAGUUUUCCUCGUCACGACGAUUACAUCAGCCGCCUCGGCCGCCGUCAUGGACGCCAUAAAGAAUCCGCUGAUGAUCACGGACAUGCUCUCCCAGAAUCUGCCCAAGGCAUCCAACUUCUACCUGUCAUACAUCCUCAUCCAGUGUCUUGCCGCCGGCGCCGCGCGGCUCGCCAACUUUGGCGACCUCAUCCGGCAUGAAAUCAUCUCGAAGAGCAUCGCCAACCCACGAAGACGCUUUUACCGUUGGCGUAAGCUGAGCAGAAUUCACUGGGGGAGCGAAUACCCCCGGUUCACCAACAUGGGGGUGAUCGCCAUCAGCUACUCUUGCAUUGCGCCCUUGAUACUCAUCUUUGCCGGACUUGGAAUGUUCUUCAUCAGCUACAUCUACCGCUACGGGUUGAUCUACGUGUAUGACUCGGGCCUGGACACCAAGGGGCUCUUCUAUCCGCGCGCCCUGAUGCAGCUCAUGACAGGGCUGUACAUUGCCGAGAUCUGCCUCAUCGGUCUCUUUGCCCUCAAGUUAGCAUUUCCACAGCUGAUGCUCAUGGUCAUCUUCCUCAUCUUCACCAUGCUGGUGCACAUAUCGCUCAACGACGCAGUCACGCCGCUGCUCUACAACCUCCCCCGAACGCUGGCCCUAGAAAAGGACUUAGUUCACGGUCCUAUCGCGGAGGACGAGAGACCAGGCAACGAUACACCCCAACCCGCAACCGAAACCCCUGGCGGCCUGGCUGCAGAUUACUACAAUGUCUCCGAUAACGACGACAACGACGACAAUGAACUUCCCAACGACCACCCCAACCACGACCUCGACACCGACAUCCAACUGCGCGGCAUCGAAGGCAGCAGCAGUCUGAAAUACCAGAUCACCGAGUGGGCCAAAUCACUCUUCAAAUCCAUCUUCAAACCAAAGCCCCCGCCACCACCUAACCUAAGUCCGCAACCUCAACCGGAAUCCGACCUGACCCUCAUCCUAACCCGCAUCAAGAACUUCUUGACCCCCGACCCCUCCCGACCGCCCAACCCGCUGUUAACAUUCCUCCAUCCGGAAAUCUACCAAGACUUUCGUGCCCUGCAACCCCACGUCAACCCGGAACCGGGCAACGUGGAACUGCCGGCGAACUAUGCCAAGCAAGCCUACUGGCCGCCCGAGAUGUGGGUGCCGGCGCCGAAACUGUGGAUCCCCCGUGACGAGGCGAGGGUCAGCAGGCAGGAGGUGGCGCAUUCCAAGGGGUUGGUGGCGGCGUUCGAUAGGGCGUGUUGGUUGGUUCAUCCGAAUUCUGGGGCCGGGAAGAAGGAAAGGAGGAGGAAGGUGGGGGGAUUAAGGAUGGGUGGUGGCGGGCUGGGGAGGGUGGUCUGUGACUUUGAGGAGAGUCCGUUGCAUGAGGAGAGGGUUGUUUAUUGAAUUGGAUUGGGAGUACAUCCGUCAAGAUAUAUUAUCAUAUGAUACACGUAGUGGGGGGACGGUAGUUCUCUCGGCGAAGGGCCCUGAAUAUGCGGUUUCAUAAUGAUACCAGUGGGUAGGUAGUGAGGAGUUUGGCACUUGCACAUGUGUCAAGGUAUAACUUCGUUAUUGACGGUGGUGAUGACGACGUCCUUGUUCUGUGGCGUGUUGUGUGCCCAGGGGCUGUCGGCCGACAGGACGGUGAGUUUUGCCUUGGCGCCGGGCUUGAUGAUCGGGUACGAGACGCUGGGGGU